ACGUAAAACUCAAAGUGAUCUUCGUUAUACCUCAUAUCAGUUGCAACCUAUCAUGGAAAGGUAAAAAAUCCCCUACAGGUAAAAAAGGAUUGAUAACUACAUGAAAGUGAAAGCCUAAUGUACCUGGAGUUCGCCAAAGGUAGACUACAAAAAGACGUAAUCUCCAGGGAGGUUGGAUGCUAGGCGCCGACGUGAUGUCAGAGAUGGGUGAGUCUGGCGAGGAGGAGCUGAGUGAAACCCAGGGCCUGGAGGAGGACGAAGCGUCCAGGCUAAGGUCAGCCAAGGAGCGGAAUGGGGGGGUCCAAACCGACAGCCGUGAGAAGGAGAAGAAACCGGGGAUGUUUAAGUCGUUAAGAGAGAGCUUCAAACAAACACCAAAGAGGAAUCCUUUGUCACCUAACUUCAAGGACCAUCUGAAUACUGAAAUGGGAAGGCAGAACAUUGACCCUGAAAUCACCUCUCCAACACAGGUCCAGCCACCCUCUUCUCCAAAUCCCAGUUAUGCCUUUACGGACUCCCUUCUGAAAAAGGCCGAUUCCUUAAGACGGAGCUUCCGGUUUAAUAAGAAGGACAAAACCGCCAAAAUGGAGCAGCUCCAACCUGUCACCGAGGCCUCCGCGGCUGAGAAGAAGGAAGUGGAGGUGGAGAAGGCAGAGAAAGGCAUCAGAGAAUCAUACACCCUCCCUGAAAUACCCCCCACACCCCUUUCAGUGAUGCAGAUCAACAAGCUGAUCGAGAUGGAGGCGCUGGAGAAGGCCCACCUGAACCUGCUCUCCCUGCGGCUGGAGUUCCAGCAGGAGAAGGAGCAGUGUUUGGCCGAGGCCUCCCCUCUGGAGCUGGCCAAGAAGGAGAAGGACCUGAGCCUGCUGUACAGAGCCAUGCAGGACAAGGUGAAGAGCAUCGCACGCAACUCCAACUCCCUCCCGUCCCGUAAUAAGGAGCUUCUGGUUGACAUGGCCCGUAUCAUCCAGGAGGAGGAGAGGAGGGAGGGGGAUCCCGGGGGCCUUGUGGGUCCGGGGGGCUGGAGGGGGGCCUGGAGGGAGGCUGUGAGCGAGGGAGUGCAGGCCAAGCUGGGUAGCGUCCACCUGGACGGGAGGGAGCUGAAUGCCUCCUGGCUGGCUGUCCACUUGGGGUUACUGGGCGAGACCAUAGUGGAGGACCUGGAGAAUGUGAAGAGGGACCUCCAGGGUUCGUACCCACCCAGCUUCAAUGUGUUCAGUACCUACGUGAGCUGUUACCACGCUGCUGUGGGCCAACACCUGAAGAAACUCCUACAGCAGGUGACGGACCUGAAAGAUUACUACGCCCUGCUGGACUGGAUCAUCCAUCGCUACGAGAGUGAGAGGAUCAUGGGAAGCCCGUCUCUGUGCCCAGAGAUGGAGGGAGAGGACACAGCCCUCUGCCUGGAACAACACUUCCUGGAACAACUGAAGAGUAAAUACUGCAGGAGAGUUCAGGAGGACAUGAAAGAUUCUCUGGGCAGGAUUCUGACACUCGAAGACGAGGAAAUGUGGAAAAACAGGGUGGCUCCAGAGAGCGAUGAUGACAGCUUCCUUCACUCUCAUUUUCAUAUGGACAUCUGGACGAAAGUGCAGAGCAUUGCUGUGAACUCCAAGAAAAUUGAUGUCCAUUUGGAAAAAAGAGUUGUGUUGGCCUGCUUCGAGGAGUUAAAACAGUUCCCUAAACGAUUUGAGUGCCAGUUUGAACCGGUUUUUAACAGUCUGAGAGGGACCACAUUGGGUGUGGAUUAUCAAAUAACCUACAUCAACACUUUUGUUGCUCUAAAGGAGCACAUGGACAGCUACAAAGACAGCUGCCCCACACAAGUCGAUCUUUUCAGCAGCGAAGCAGAUGGCUUGGUCCAAAGACUUGUGCUGGGUCUGGAGAACCAGUUCAAGAAUGAGACGAAGCCCUUCCUGAGGAGGAUGAUGACGAGGAAGUGGCUCACUGCAGAUGGGGAUUUCCAGGAACUCUACUGUCGGACAGAAAAACUGUUCCAGCAAUGUGUUAAAAUGAGAUCUCCACAUGUUCAGAAGUUGGUGAGCAACUUGCACUACCACUUGGUGAAGGAAUAUGUGUCUCAACUGAUGAAAAACAACUACUCGUGCAAAAACAGGAAGCACGAAAGAGCGUCAAAAAAGAUGCGAGGGCAGUGGUCUAAGCUCAGAGAGUUGUUCCAGGACAUGAAGACAGACCAUGAAUGGCUUCACCCGAUAGGGGACCAUCUGUGUGACAUCAUCGGGCAGAAAAACAAGAGGGACAUUAAAAACCACCUGCAGCCUCUGGUGAAAGACUAUCCAGACAUCAGUAGGAGUCACCUGGCCGCAGUGCUGUACUUCAGGGGAGUGAUGCGAGGCAGAGAGAAGCAGGCGAUCCUGCAGUGCCUCACCCAGCUGACGACGGCUCAGGCCGGCACGGGACAUCACAGUCACUCUCUCUUCGCCCAAAUAGAGGUCCCAAUCAACACUGACUGUCUGGCUGACAUGCCCUUCUCCUGCCUCUCCUUCCUCCUGCCUGACAGUUAGGCGACACACCGGCACACAGCAAGGCCUGGUUCACCUGGGUGCCUGGCUGUGUGGGGUGCGAUGACAGCUUCAGGAAGGCCCAGUCUCCCUGGCAGGCUCUGUGGGUGUGUGAGAACAGUGCCUCAGUAAAUCAGUAGUAAACUUGUAUUUUUAACCGUUAUAAAGAGAAGUGACUUGUCGUUAUUGCAAACCUAAGAGUUCUUGAUGCUGAAUGCUUAAACAGUCUGCCAGUGCUCACAAUCGAUUAAAUUGUAUGUGUAUCGUUACAGUAAAUUGACAUUAAAUCUCAAUUUAUUUGCCAAUUAUGUUAUUAUCUGAUGUAAAUAUUUUACAAAAGCAGACGUUGAUUAAUGAUGUUCUUUCUUUUGUAGACUUUAGUUCAAUACAGUGUAUGCAAAAAUUAAAGUGAAACCAGGCCAUGCA